AAAUUCUUCACACAAACAAAAACACGUAAUUCCAACAACUUCUUCAACAAAAAGCAACCUUAACCAACAAAAAAAAAACAUGUCGUGUACCGUUGCUAUAUCAAACUCACCGGCAUUCUCGCCGGCACCUAGGGUUCCGGUAAGAUCAUCUUCAUUUUCUUCUUCUUCUUCUUGUAAAUCAUCUGAAACCCUAACCCUAACAAGAUUUCCUUCAUUUACCUUUUCUUCUUCUUCUUCUUCUCCGUCUUCAAGAACAACAACAACAUACCCGGUGUAUUCCCACAGGUGGAGUCUGGGGAGGGUAGAGUGUACGCAGGCCUUAACCCGACCUCGUACAGAUAAAGAGGUUGUUUCUGAAAGACCCUUAGCUCCUUCUUCUUCUUCUUCUUCUUCGUCUUCACAAUUGAAAAAUCUUCCCAUUAGCCUUAUUAGAAAUUCUACCCAUUGUUCUACUUCUGCCCCGAGUUCUAGUUCUUCUUCUACGACGGUUUUGAAGAGGAAGAGACCGGCUAGGUUGGAUAUUCCGUUUGUUGUUUCAAAGACUCUUGAGAAUUUUCGUGGGAAUCAGGUGGUGAUGGUGGAUGACGUAGAGGAUGAGGGUGAGGGAUAUUAUGUAUGUUGUAAGCGUGGAAGGAGAGGUGCAAUGGAGGAUCGUUACUCUGCACUUGUCAAUUCACAAGGACAUUCCAAACAGGGUAUGUUUGGCAUAUUUGAUGGACAUGGAGGAGCUAAAGCUGCUGAAUUUGCAGCAGAGCACUUGAAUAAGAACAUUAUGGAUGAACUAGUAAAGAGGAAUGAUGAAGAUAUCGCGGAGUCAGUUAAAAUGGGUUAUUUAAAGACGGAUUCUGAAUUUCUCAGCCAAGAUUUUCGGGGUGGAUCGUGUUGUGUAACGGCAUUAAUCAGGAACAGUAAUCUAGCGGUAUCCAAUGCUGGCGAUUGUCGUGCUGUUGUUAGCAGAGGUGGGAUUGCUGAAGCACUGACCACAGAUCACAAGCCUUCAAGAAAAGACGAGAAGGACAGAAUUGAGACUUCGGGUGGCUAUGUAGAUUGUUCUAAUGGUGUUUGGAGAAUCCAGGGAUCUCUUGCUGUGUCAAGAGGUAUAGGAGAUCGGUAUCUUAAACAAUGGAUUAUCGCAGAACCCGAGACAAAAGUCCUUGAACUUAAUCCUGAAUUAGAGUUCUUAGUCCUUGCAUCUGAUGGUUUAUGGGAUAAAGUCAGCAAUCAAGAAGUAGUAGAUGCUGCUAGGCCUUUGUGUACAGGCAUCAAUAACCCACAAUCAUUGUUGGCCUCUAAAAAUCUUAUCGACCUUGCUGUUUCACGAGGUUCUGUUGAUGAUAUAAGUGUGAUGAUAAUUCAGCUGCAGCAAUUUUGCUGACUGUCUAACUGGCAGAAAUCUAGAUUAAUCGGGCCAGAGUGAUUCGGAUACCAGAUGCCUAAAAACUGUUGAAUGGCUGGAUGAAUACUUUUUCAACUAACUUCCCAGGAUAAUCAAUAAUGUAGUCGAUAAAAAUUUUACUUGUAAAAAGUUUUGGGAUACCUAUGUAAAUUGGAUAGUUUUCAGAUAUUCUUUCCAUUUUCCCCUAAUCCCUAUCUAUAGUUCUUUUAAAUUUUGCCUGUAUAGCAAAUUGUGAAAUCAGAAAACCUCUUUCUUAUU